CUUACACUAAUAGCUUUAUAUGUUAGUCUAUGAUUGCUGCAUGGUUCAUUUCGUUCUAACCUCUGAGGUGAAAGGAUGCCCUGUUGUGGUGAAAGUCUUCCAGAAAUUUCCCUUCGAGAUAUCUUUGGGAAAGUGCGUUGUAUUUCCGCUUGCUGUGGAGGGAAAAUUGUAAUUCAAGCCUCAGACAUUGAUGGCAGAAAAGUACCUGAGCCAAAUCUAUUACAAUCCAGAAAGUCCCGCAAGUUUUGGUGGCGUAGAUUCAAUUUACCGGGUCGUAAAAGACGAAGGCAAACAUCAAAUAUCGCGGAACAAAAUACGGCUAUGGCUACAAAAGCAAGAUACGUAUACUUUGCAUAAACCUGUAAGAUAUCGUUUCAAACGGAACCGUUUCAUGGUAGGCGCAAUUGACGAGCAGUGGGAAGCAGAUCUUGUGAUUAUGGAUUCGUUAAGCAAAUACAAUAACGGCUUUAAGUACAUUUUAACUGUGAUCGAUGUACUUAGCAAAUAUGCAUGGGCUGAACCGAUAAAAACAAAGACUGGAGAAAAUCUUGUUAAAGCCUUUGAGAAAAUACUUAAAAAGGGUCGAAAGCCUGAAACGUUUCACAGCAACAAAGGGACGGAGUUUAUGAAUCGAAAGUUUCAAGCCUUUUUGAAGAAACAUAACAUCCGGUUUUUCACGACGCAAAACGAGACCAAGGCAUCGAUUGUCGAAAGGUUUAAUCGUACGCUCAAGACGAAAAUGUGGAAAUAUUUUACAGCGAAGAACACGCUCAAGUACGUGGACAUUCUCCAGAAACUCGUAUAA